AUGUUCGCUCGUACCGCUGCCCGUUUCGCUGUCAGACCUGCUACUGCUUCCAUCAAGGCUCGCACUUUCGCCACUGCUAGCCGUGCCACUGCCUCUGCUGCUUCUCGCCACAUGGCCAUGGCUACUGCUGGCGUUGUUACUGCCAGUGCUCUCUCCUAUGCUUAUCUUCAAAAGCCUGUUGCUGCUGAUUCUAAGCCUAUUGCUGGUGUCAAGGGUACCUUCAGCGAGCGUACUUUCAUUGCUAUCAAGCCUGAUGGUGUCCAACGCGGAUUGGUCGGUAAGAUUAUCCAAAGAUUCGAAGAACGUGGUUACAAGCUCGUUGGUUUGAAGGCUAUUGCUCCUUCCAAGGAAAUGGCUGAAAAGCAUUAUGAUGAUCUCAAGGAGCGUCCUUUCUUUGCCGGUCUCGUCAAGUACAUCAGCAGCGGUACUCCCGUUGUCGCCAUGGUCUGGGAAGGUAAGGAUGUCAUCAAGCAAGGUCGCCGCAUGCUCGGUGCUACUGAUCCUCUCGCUUCUGAACCUGGUACUAUCCGUGGUGACUACUGUAUCUCUGUUGGUAGAAACAUCAUUCACGGUUCCGACUCUUUCGAGGCUGCUGAGAAGGAGAUUGGUUUGUGGUUUGGUAAGGCUGGUGAGCUCAUUGACUGGACUCCUUCCAACGUCGAGUGGGUUCAAGCCGACAACUAA